ACCAUGGUGCAUUUUACUGCUGAGGAGAAGAAGGCUGUUGCUAGCCUGUGGGCCAGGGUGAAUGUAGAAGAGGCCGGAGGUGAGAGCCUGGGAAGGCUCCUGAUUGUCUACCCAUGGACGCAAAGGUUCUUUGACAGUUUUGGUAACUUAUGCUCUGAGUCUGCAAUAAUGGGCAACCCUAAGGUCAAGGCCCAUGGCAGGAAGGUGCUGACCACCUUUGGAAAUGCCAUUAAACACAUGGAUGACCUCAAGGGCACCUUUGCACAUCUAAGUGAGCUGCACUGUGACAAGCUGCACGUGGAUCCUGAGAACUUCAGGCUCCUAGGCAACAUGAUAUUGAUUGUCUUGGCAAGCCACUUCAGCAAGGAAUUUACCCCACAGAUGCAGGCUGCCUGGCAGAAGCUGACAGAUGCUGUGGCUAAUGCUCUGGCCCACAAGUACCACUAGUUGCCUGGCCAGCUGUGUUGAUGCCUACCUUAGGGCCCUGUUUUCCAACAAUCCAUCUCCUGAAGAUGGAGGGAGAGGGCCCUGUCUCCAGACUUAACUCCUAUCUAAUACAAGUAAAAUAAAAAGUUAUGCUCUAUA